GACGCCACAGGAGGCCAGAACAAUGGGACGAACGUGUCACUCUGGGUCCACGUGCCUCGCCGGGCCGGUGCGCGAGGGUGAGGUGCGGGCUGCGGCGUCGGGCUGGAAGCUCAGCUCCUGCUCGCGCUCGGGGGCUGCAGGCCACAGGCAGAGCGGACGUGCGGGCUCUCAGCGCCAUGUUCCCCUCAGGGCCGCGGUGAGCUGGGAGAGGGCUGCGGGCUGGGGUCCGGGAGCCCCGAGGCCCCAGCUGCCCGGCGAGGCCAGCAGAAGCUGGGGAGCCCGAGCUCGGGGCCGCUGAGGAGGCCUGCAGCACGAGUGACAAACGGCGGGGAGACCAAGCAAGCAAGGCCGCGCGGGACAGCCGCCCAGCAGGGACUGAGGGGCGACGGAGUUCUGAAGAGCAAACAAAGAGGAAAAUCCGCGAGGACCGCGCGGGUGGAUGCUCCCUGGAGACAAGCAGUAGGGCCCGGAGGCUGCUGAGGAGAGGCCACCAGUUUGAUGGGAGCCGGGCGGGGCCCUGCCCGUGGCCACAGACCCCAGCAGUGUGGCCGUCAUCCCCUGGGCAGGCCGCCCUGGCAGCCUUCCCAGAAGAGGCGCUCUGCUCCUUCACGCGGACAUCCAGCAGGUGCACUCCCGGGCUGCUGACCACAGGACAUUGUGAUGUCAAUGAGACACACUUGUUCCCUGCGCACCGAGGCCCCCAGUCUGGAGGGGACGCCGACUUCCCGAGACCUACUAUGUGCUCGGGCCCGUGGUUCCUGAGUUUUCUCUCACUUCAUCGAGGCCACUUCUACAACUUUCAUUUCCUUAAACUGUCUCGCAGGCCCCAGGCCGUCUGCCCCCGCCCCCAUGUCCUCUGCGGGGCCUCAUGCUCCUGCCCCUCACUGUCCCUCCCACUUCCUUUCGCUGGUGUGGCUCCGCCCGGCUGGCCUGGCACAUGGCCCACCCCUCUGCUUCUGGACCAGGACCAGGUUCGCGGCUCUCUUGCUUGCACUUUCAAUGGUGUCACCUCUGAGAUGUGUCCCAGGUCUGUCUGCUUCUCCCGUCACCGCGGCGGCUCCCAUCUCCGCGGCGGCUCCCAUCACCACGGCGGCGCCCAUCACCGCGGCGGCGCCCAUCACCGCGGCGGCGCCCAUCACCGCGGCGGCGCCCAUCUCCGCGGCGGCUCCCAUCUCCGCGGCGGCUCCCAUCACCACAGCGGCACCCUGACCCACUUUCACCAUCUCUGCUGGGUCACUGCCCUAGGGGUUGAACCUGGGAUCCUACUUUCUCUUUUGUUCCAUCUGGAAUGCAGCCCUAACAUAGCGGCCAAAGGAUCUCCCACAGAUGUCAAUCCAGUCCCACCUCUCGUUGCUUAAAAACAUAUGUAUGGCUUCUAAAAGUGGGAAAAAUAAAAUAGAGACUCAUUGGCACAGCCUGCUGGGCCCCCGUGAGCGGUCCCUGCCUCUCGCUGGCCUCGCAUCUCUCCACACGGCCUCAAGGCUAAGCCCCAGCCCCCCCCGGGCUUCAUGCCCUUCCUUAAACAGAGCCAGGUUUGGUCUAGCCACGAGGCCUUGCUCUUGAGGUCCCUGUUCUGAGAUGCCGGCUGCUGCCUCGUCUUCAGGCUUCAGACUAGUCUUAGCUCCCAGCAGGGAGCUUCCCUGGGCACUCUGAUGAAAGAGGCCCGCCACUGUCUCCCCGGCCCUGUCCCUCUGUGUUUUAUACUGGCUGGUCUCUACUUCUCGGGGUCUGAACCUGUCUGCUGUGUUUCCUCGCUGACGGCGCCCGAGGGUAGAACAGAAGCUUUCUGAGAGCAGGGAUUGUCGGCUGCGUUCAUGGCCCGGCUCCCAGGUCUCACGUGCUUGGCCCUCGUUAGGACCUCGGUGG